AUGGCUGUACAGGAGGCACAUGGAUGCAGGGGAUUAGACUCUCCUUUGCCGACAAGUGGCAAUACUUCAUUGGACAUGAGUACAACUGUGAUUAAGGAUACCGAGUCAAAGGAACAGCUUGAUAAUCCUGGGGAUGACUUUGCUCCAAAGGCGAGGAAGCCGUACACAAUCUCUAAGCAAAGAGAGAGGUGGACUGAGGAAGAGCACAACAAAUUUCUGGAAGCAUUGAAACUGUACGGCAGGGCCUGGAGAAGAAUCGAAGAGCACGUGGGCACAAAAACUGCAGUCCAAAUUCGAAGCCAUGCUCAAAAAUUUUUCUCCAAGGUCGCUCGUGAGACAAAUAUUGGUGAUGGCAAUUCCAUGAAGUGGAUCGAGAUUCCACCGCCUAGGCCUAAGAGGAGACCCAUGCACCCUUAUCCUCGUAAGAUGGUUUAUCAAGCCAAAACUGAAAUUUCGAUACCCGAAAAAUUUUCGAAUGCCAUGGAGCAAGAGAACCAGUCCCCGACUUCUGUUUUGUCUGGAAUUUGCUCGGACUCAUCAGUCUCGUCUGAAGUUCCUAAACUCGUGUUGGAAGAUGUUGUGAUGUCCCUUUUGCCCGAGCGAGAAAACGAUGAUUCGAGUACAGAUGAGAGGAUAGAUAUUAUGGAAUUGGGUCUUUCUUCCCGAAACAGCACUUCUGCUGUGGAAGACUCGAACGAGUCUCCCACACAAAAAAGCUUGAAGCUUUUUGGUAAGACGUUAUUAAUCAUGGACCCGAACAGGCCAUCUGAUCCCGUCCCAAAAACUUGCAAGCUCGAAUUAUUUUCAGACAAAAGUGAGGAAAAUUGUUCAACUCAGUGGGGUGUCUUGCCUGUAAAUCUUACCAAUGGUGAUUGUAUUUGGGGUGUUUUUACACAUCCGAAUUCUUUUCCUUGGUUGACCCUAUGUAGUAACAAUGCAUUCGGGCCAAACCCGGAAGUGCACAGCCCGACUCCAAUAAGAGCCCGAUCGUUGUGUGAUAAUAAUAACAAUAAGGAAAACCCGGGUGAUAAUGAGAAAGAGGGUUCAUUCACAGGUUCGUGUACUACUAAUUUUAAUUUACCCGACGAGCCUUUCGCCUUUGAACAGAAAGGAGAGGGGAAAUCUUUCUCAUCCCACAAAUCAAGAAAGAAGAGGAUUUCGGGCUUCAUGCCUUACAAAAGGUGUUCGGCCGAGCAGCAUUCGACCCUUUUACUGGCCGAAAGCGGCGAGGAAAGGGAGACACGGCGUGUUCGCCUCUGCUUGUGA